GGGAGCUCAGCGUGUCACAGCCGCAGCCAUGAAGUGUCUCCAGCUCGCCCUGGGCCUGGCCCUUGUGUGUGGCCUCCAGGCCAUCGUCAUCCCCCAGGCCACGAGGAACCUGGAUAUAAGAAAGGUGGCUGGGAUGUGGCACUCCAUGGCCAUGGCGGCCAGCGACAUCUCCCUCCUGGACUCCGAGACCGCCCCCCUGAGAGUGUACGUCCAGGAGCUGAGACCCACCCCCGAGAACAACCUGGAGAUCAUUCUGCGCAAACGGGAAAACAGCGCCUGUGUUGAGGAGAACAUCAUGGCCCGGAAGACUGAGGACCCCGCCGUGUUCACGGUCGACGACCAAGGGGAAAGAAGGAUUUCCGUGCUGGACACAGACGACACCCACUACCUGUUCUUCUGCAUGGAGGCGCCCGUGCCCCGCGCUGAGAACGGCAUCACGUGCCAGUACCUGGCCAGGACCCUGAAGGUCGACAACGAGGUCAUGGAGAAAUUCGACAGAGCCCUCCAGACCCUGCCGGUGCCCAUGCGGAUCAUCCUGGACCUGAGCCAGGGGAAGGAGCAGUGCCGCGUCUAGGUGAGCUCCUGCCUGACCUGCCUCCUGCGGUCCCAGAGAUGACAUCGUCCCCUUCCUGCCCCAUCAGAGGAAUCAGGAGGGACCGAGCCCUCCCAGACCUGC